AUAGGCUAAUUCUAUUUUUUAUAUUCGGUGCAAGAUCUGUCAGUAACGUUAUCGCACCUAUAGACCACCGAACAACACGCUUCGAAACCUACUUUCAAGAAUUCAGACUGCGUCUCUUUGGAAAAUAUAUUUCAAUGUUAGCCUCAUAGUUCAAUCUACACCAAUUCUAUGAUAUAAUUUAUUUAUUAUAGGGACAAAAGUAGGAGAGAGACGCACUUUCUUUUUGAACCAUUUUGCAUCAGUCCCGCCUGCGUUUUGCGGUUCAGCACGGUGAGGAAUGCGGCAUCCCUUCGCGCUGGCUGCUUCUAGCCGUCGUUCCUGGAGAGGGACAGGGGGGUGGUCCCGCGUUUUGGAUCCGCCUUCUGGAUGCAGCGGAGCCAUUUAACAUUGCAAUUUCAGCCAGGAUCUUACGGCAGCGUUUGUUUCAUAUACUACGCUAUGGGAUUUCAUUGCAAAACGGCGACGAUCCUGGAGGUGGACCGGUGCCUGUACUGAGCCAAGUCAGCGAUGGCAGAGCAGGUUCAUAUUCGACCAACGUAGGCUCGGAAAGCUCUGGACACGCAGCAGACGCGUCACUAAUUACAAGAAAGGACGCGAUCUUACGGCGCUUUUUGUUUUAAUUUGUUUAUUAAUUUUGCCGAGGCGGUGGGAGUUUCCUAUCUCUUGUAGCCUACAGAUCAGGUCAAAUCAUCUUCGUAUCCAUUUACGCAUAUAUCUUUCAGCUUUGAUUGAAAUUGCAGUUUUAUUCCGUUAGUGGCUUCGAAAGAACAACCCCCUUUCCCGAAAUACAUGUUUAUCAAUAAGAUCGAUAGGCUAAUAAUCUUUAUUGAACCCGUUCAUUACCUUUGAGUCGCCGGGGAUCUGCAGUGUAAUCGGGGAGUGAGUGAAUCUAUUUUCCUUCGUUGAUAUUGAGAUUUUGGAAAAGAUUACCUUCUGUCAUUGGGACUUGGUGCACCGGCGCCUCGCGGAAUCUCGGCAUCUUUCCUAUACCGAAAGAUCUCGAGCUGCCCAUAUGCACUUGGCUGUUGCAUCGCAAUAGGGAGGGUCCGCUAAACAGCUUGCUGGGUUGCGCUGAAGAGCGUGCUUGACUGCACAGAAACUGCGCGCGGAGGAUGGUUUGGAUGUAAAACAUAAACAAACGGCAAGAUGGGGAAAGACCAGGAGCUGCUACAGGCAGUGAAGACCGAAGACCUCAUUACAGUGCAGAAGCUUUUACAGAGGCCUAAACCAGGGAAAGCAAAGCUGCUGGGUUCUGCCAAGAAGGUGAACGUCAACUUCCAGGACAUAGAUGGCUUCGCCGCGCUGCAUCAUGCCGCCCUGAACGGCAACCUGGAGCUCAUCUCGCUGCUGCUGGAGUCCCAGGCCACGGUGGAUAUCAGGGACCAGAAGGGGAUGCGGCCCCUGCACUACGCUGCCUGGCAGGGUAAGGCAGAGCCCAUGAAACUGCUGCUGAAAUGUGGCUCUUCAGUGAACGGCCAAUCGGACGAGGGCCAGAUUCCCCUGCAUCUGUCUGCACAGCAUGGACACUAUGAUGUGUCAGAGAUGCUGUUGCAGCACCAGUCUAACCCCUGCAUCGUGGACAUCGCUGGGAAAACCCCCUUAGACCUGGCCUGUGAAUUCGGCAGAGUCGGAGUGGUGCAGCUGCUUCUCAGCAGUAAUAUGUGCGCCGCCCUGCUGGAGCCCAAACCCAACGACUCCACCGACCCCAACGGGACCAGCCCCCUGCACCUCGCCGCCAAGAACGGCCACAUCGACAUCAUCAGGUUGCUGAUCCAGGCCGGCAUCGACAUCAACAGGCAGACCAAGGCGGGCACUGCCCUCCAUGAAGCGGCGCUUUGCGGGAAAACGGAGGCAGUUCGUCUGCUGCUGGACAGCGGCAUCAAUGCUGCCGUGAGGAACACGUACAACCAGACUGCCCUGGAUAUUGUGCAUCAGUUUACCACCACCCAGGCCAGCAAGGAGAUCAAACAACUGCUGCGAGACGCCUCCGCAGCCCUGCAGGUGAGAGCUCUGAAAGAUUACUGUAACAACUAUGACCUCACCAGCCUGAAUAUCAAAGCAGGGGACGUCAUCACAGUCCUGGAGCAACACCCAGACGGGCGAUGGAAGGGCUGUAUCCAUGACAACCGCACAGGAAAUGACAGAGUGGGCUACUUCCCCUCCAGCUUGGUGGAGGUGAUCAGCAAGAGGGCAGGUGUGCAGUGGUGGUGGGGCAGGAGGGCAGGUUCAUGGAAUGCGGUCAUUUGUCCCCAGCAGUAUGAAAAGAUACGGCUGUUUGUGCCAGCGUGCGGCCCUGGAGCCGCCGUCCUGGUCAACGGGGACUCGUACCCUCAGUUUCAUAUCCUACCACCACCGCCACCUCCGCCAAAACAUUCCCAUCAGCCACUUUUCACUUCCUUUGGCUAUAGCAGGCCCUCAGGCCCCCGAGACGAGCCGCUCUGUGGACAAGGUUCCCGCGGCUCCGAGUCCAGUCCUCACGGCUCCCCCACCCUGAACAGUGGCCCCCAGGGCGGCGCCAGCGAGGAGAUUUGGGUGCUUCGCAAACCCAUAGCAGGGGGAGACCGCAGCAGCGGGGGGAGCACGUCCAGCACGGCCAGCGUGCGCUCGUCGGCCAGCGGGCAGAGCGCGCACGUGCUUCACGCGCAGGCCGAAGGAGUCAAGCUCUUGGCCACCGUGCUGUCCCAGUCUGCCAAGGCCAAAGAGCACCUGCUGGAGCAGUCCAAGUCUGUGGAGCAGUCAACAGGUUCCUCUUCGCGGACCCAGAGCUCAUCCAGCUGUCCGUUCCACGAGCAAUCGUACGGGGAGGCGGGGCCAGCGAGGAAGGGGGAGGUCCCCCCUGAAGGGAAGGAUAUAACAGCCCCUGCAGUGACCAAGCCUAGCCACCGCAAGAAGAUGACAUCCGAGAUGAACAAACUGAGCAUGACAGAGGGACUACCUGACCACAAGCCUGGCAGCCUGGCAGAGUGGCUGUCUCUGAUUGGUCUGAGUCAGUACUACCAGGUUCUCAUCCACAACGGCUACGAGAACAUCGAUUUCAUCACUGACAUCACUUGGGAUGACCUGCAGGAGAUUGGCAUCACUAAACUGGGUCACCAGAAGAAGCUGAUGAUGGCGGUGAAGAAGCUGGCGGAGCUGCAGAAGGGGUCGGAGGGGCGAGCCGUGCAGCGCAGGAAGCCGUCCCAGUCCUCCGAGGGGCCGGAUGCCCCGGCCCACGACGGGGCUGAGUGCAUGUCGCCCAAACUGAGCUCCUUCCAGGACAGCGAGCUGAGCGGGGAGCUGCAGGCCGCUCUGUCUGGGGCUGCCCAGGAAGGGGCGGAGCCCCAGUGGGGGCGGGGCCCUCAGGAGAACAGCCUGGGCAAGAGGCGGGACUCGGAGGAGGGGGGCGGGGCCCCCAGGAAGGAGGCUCGGGUGGCGCGGCAGAGCAGCCAGGCCCAGGGGAUGCAGAGGCCUAAUGCCCCGCCCUCUGCCCCUCCCACACUUAGCAAAACCCGCCAGGCGGCACCGUCCUACACCCCCCCGCAGACCCCCACCAAAACCAAGCCCUCCUCCCCACAGACCACAGCGCCUCCUCAGGCUGCUGGGAAGAUGAAGUCCGCACAGCACCUGCCCCAGGCCGAGCGGGUCCCCUCCGCUCGCCCUCCCCCCCAGUCGCCAACUCACAAAAGCCACGCCCACAGCGUGACACAAACCCCCGAGGGCGAGGACAGCCCCGCCUCAGGCCCCGCCCCGAGCCCCCCGGUCUCCGUGCCCCUGCUCUGCCUGCCCCCGGAGGGGGAGGAGCCACAGGGGGACCAGGGCACCCCCAAAAAGAGGGCCCACAGCCUGGUCCGGUACGCGGUGUCGGACGGCGAGCAGGACCGGGAGGAGCCAGCGCCGACCGACGCGGGGAAGCAAGGCACUGUGCCGAACCGCAUGGGCCGCAGCAACUCCGUCCGCGGCCAAUCGGAGAAGAGCGCGAGCCGCGCCCAGGCCAUCGCCCUCAGGCAGAGGAAGAAGGGUCCGCCCCCUCCCCCGCCCAAACGCUCCAGCUCUGCCAUCUCCAGCCCCAACCUGGCGGACCAACCCAAAGAAGAGGUGAGGGAUGGGGGCGGGGCCGGGGCAGGGGCUCUGCUGGACGUUAGCUACCACCAGCAGCGGCGCGCCAGCGAUCUGGGCGGCGCGGUGGACACGGGCAGCGCGGGAAGCGUCAGGAGCAUCGCCGCCAUGUUGGAGAUGUCCUCCAUCGGGGGCGGAGUCAAGGCGCUGCAGAAGCCAUUGGCCGGUGGUGGGCAGCACUACCUGCAGGGCAGUCCUGAGCGUGCUCGUGGGGGGGUCCCCCACGGGGGAGGGAAACACCGCGAGGGCGUCGGUCUGGACGGCGAGGUGGUGAACCGCCGCAGGACCAUCAGCGGCCCGGUAACCGAGCUGGUGGCGGCGGCCCGGCGGGACCGGUUGCCCCAGGACACAGCGUCGGGACCCCCACAGGGCGGGACGCCGACCGGGCCCGGCGCCGGGCCGCCCGAGAACCCGCCCUCCGCCGAGGACGCACACCUGUCCAUCAAGCCAGGAGAGGGGGAGGGGCCGGGGGACGGCCCCCCCGACAGCGCGCACGCCCUCCCGCAGGAUGAGCUGUCCCGCAUGGACGCCACGGCGACGCUCAAGCGGAGGCCGCGGUCCCGGCACCAGCAGGACGGGGUCAAGUUCCAGCUCACCGAGUCCAGCACCGUCAAGCGCCGGCCCAAGAGCCGGGAGAAGGACCCGGAGCCGCCGCUCGACGCCCAGCUGCUGGCGCCCUACCAGAACGGCACCGAGACCGGCACCAUAAAGAGACGGCCCGCGUCCGACACAGGCGGCGCGGAGCAGCCCCAGGGCGACGGGGACGGCGCCCCCCGAAGGGACAGCGCCGAGUUGGGGCCCCCGGGUGGCCAGUCCACGCCCCGCAAACCGGCCAAGCCCCCCGUGUCUCCGAAGCCCGUCCUGGCACAGCACAUGAGGAAACCCGGCCCAGCCACGGCUCCCCCAGGGCCGGGGGGCCCCGACAGCCUGGGCUCUGAGGGGAAGCGAGUCCCCCCCGCCGUGUCACCCAAACCCACUCCCCCCCCCACUGCGCCGAAGCCAGCCAAAGUGCAGGGUGUCCUGCAGCCUGUCGGCCCCGCCCCUCACCCCUCCCCCUCCCCAGCCAAGCAGCCCAGUGGCCCGGUCGCCACCACGCCCCCUCCCGUGUCUGCCAGCCCCCCCAAGCCCCUGAGCCCCCCAGCGCAGAGCCCGCAAACGCCCCUCACCCCUCAGACCCCCCUGACUCCCCACACCCCCAGCCCCACACCCCCCCCAGUCAAACCCCCACGCUCCUCCAUCAGUGGGACCUCCAUCGACAGUGGCAGCACCACCGACACCGCCCAGCAGAAGCUGGAGGAGACCAGCGCCUCCCUGGCUGCCGCGCUGCAGGCUGUGGAGGAAAAGAUUAAACAGGACAACAGCUCGGUGGCGCAGGACAAGACCACCGUCAGCAUCCUGGACGACAUCGGCAGCAUGUUCGACGACCUGGCGGACCAGCUGGACGCCAUGCUGGAGUGACGAGCGCAGCCGACCCCGCCGCGGGAUCACCUCAGGGCUCCGCAAGGGCCGCAAGGGCGCAAGGACCUCCCCGCGGAACCUCUCGCCAAGCCCGCCCGUCCCCCACCCAAACCCCUCCUCUCCCCCACCCA